GGCAGUUUGCCGGCGUCAGCGGUUGUCAGCACGUGCUUUCGGACCUGCCUGGGACCCAGGGGCAGGCCGGCAAGAUGCCGGGUACCAGGGCCCAGCCAUCGGGCCAGGGCAGGAGAGGAGCCUGUCUGCUGGCUGCUCUCCUACUCUGUUCCAGUUUCUUGCCACAGCAUGCCCAGGACUACACGCCCGCGCAAAGAGCCCCAGGCACACUGGACGUCCCGCCCACACCAAAAGGCCCCCCAGACCAGGAGGAAGGUGCCUCGCGGCUGGGAUUGUCUCCACAGUAUGUGGCAGGACCAAUUUGCAAGGGAAGAUCUUUGGCGGUCAGAUGGCAAUACCUGGGCGGUGGCCAUGGCAGGCCAGUCUGCUCUUUCGUGGCAGUCAUAUCUGUGGAGCAGUCCUCAUCGACAAAAACUGGGUAGCCGGCGCUGCCCACUGCUUCCAAAGGUCCCGCAAACCAUCUGACUACCGGGUCCUGCUAGGGUACCACCAGCUGGGCAGUCCCACCGAGUACAGCCGACAGAUGACAGUGAGUAGGCUCAUCUUGCACGAGAACUUUAACAAGGUCCACAAUCAGGGGAACGACAUCGUCCUGAUUCAGCUGCACAAGCCUGUGACGUACAGCUCCCACAUCUUGCCAGCCUGCGUCCCAGAGAACACCACGAAGGUGCCCCUUGAUAGGUCCUGCUGGAUAAGUGGCUGGGGGAUGCUCAGAGAGGAUGAGUUCCUGGCGGCACCUUUCCCUCUGCAGGAUGGAGAGGUCUUCCUGAUGGAUGACAAGCAAUGUGAAGCCUUUUUCCAGACUCCAGAAGUCAACACCUUUCAGUAUAAAGUUAUAAAAGAAGAUAUGAUAUGUGCUGGGGACGCCGUGAAUGGAAAGUACAUCUGCCGAGGAGAUUCUGGGGGUCCCCUUGUCUGCUUACUGGAUGGUUCCUGGUAUGUGAUAGGGUUGGCCAGCUGGGCCGCAGCGUGUCUAGAGUCAGUUUCCAGCCCCAACAUUUUCACCAAAGUCUCCCACUUUUCCGACUGGAUCAAGAAGAAAAAGCAAGAAACACCUGACGCCGACCCCUUCUCGGCGCCCCCCGAGGAGAAAGCCCCUACGCUGAUAGGCUGGAGGAGUUUUGGCACGGGCACUACCAUCAAACCCAGGAUCUGCGUAACCGCGCUGUCUUCUCAAAUCCUCCUCCUGCAAUCGUUUUGGUUCCGAUUUCCGUGAUGGGCCCACAGAACCAUCCAUGCCAGCUGUCAUGGUCUGUCAGCAUUUUCACUGAGCACCAUUCUGAAUGCUUCCAUCUGUGGACUCACCUGUCUAUCUGAGUCUACCCCUGCUCUAGGCCUGACAGAAUAAA